ACAUGCCGAGAUUACAGCGACACAAUUUAAUACUGCCGAAUGGGAUUCCCACCCGUCUUCCUCGUUUGACACACGGCGCCCAUAUCAUCUACUGCCUGCUUACUCGUUUGCUUUUUCUCCGCCCCUCUCCCUCGCUUCCCCACCCGUCACAACCACCAUGUUUGUUUCCGGAAAGGACUCUCAACCCCUCGAUAUUAACUUGACUCCAGCCCGUUGCUUUUUGCCUCUCUGGCUGACUUCAUCCACACUGCUGGCCAUCCAUGUGGAGAUUAGGCCCCGUGUGAAUCUGCAUUUGCUAUGUGCAUACUUACCUACGUACAUGUGUGUCCAUCUAUUAUGUAAUCUUACCUCUCCUGUCCUGCUUCAAGGUCGGCACGCCUGCCAGUCCCUGGCAUGACUAAUAGCGCAACAAUCAUGCUCACGCAUCCUCCCAGUAUGCAACAUAUGCAUCACUCUGGGCCAUCUUUGACCUUCUGGUAGUCCUCACUGAACUUACUUUGCACUGACAUUUACGCACAUGGCCCCCCCUUCAAUUCCAGUCCAUAGGUUUCCCCUCGCAUCUCCAGGUUCUCUUGUGCCGUUACAUCUCUUACCUCAUAUAUCUUGACAUGCCAUGCCUUCUACUUUACCAUCUCGUGCCUUAAUGUAUCGUAUGUAGUGCAUUGGCCCUCUUAUAUGUAGAAAUAUUACAAGCAAUACACUCUCUAGCCAU